AUGAUUGAAAUAGAACAGACUUAUAGAGAAGAAUUGAUUAAAAUUGAAAAAGAUGAAACUGUGAUAAAUAAUGAGUUUGAUGAGUCAGAAUGCUAUAUUGAUAAGUGGAGAAUGGUAGAAAGCAAAUUAGUUUCGCUUCUAGCUGAAAAGGAAAACGGUUCUGUUGUUAAUGAAAGCUUAACUCAAAAUGCUACUAUUCGUUAUCCUAAGCUUAAACUUCCGAUUUUUGAUGGGAAUAUUAAAAGCUGGUUAGGAUUUUGGGGCCAGUUUAAAAAGAUCGAUAAUGAUCCCAAUUUAGAUGAUCAUGAUAAAUUUGCAUAUUUAUUGCAGUCUAUGGAAAAAGGGUCAUCUGCUGAAGAGUUAAUCAAAAGCUUUCCGCCCGGUGGCGAAAGUUAUAUAGUAAAGCUUUAG